GAUGGAAUGGAUGGAUGAUGGAAUUCCUAGCUGCGAUUGCAAUCCACAAGCCCAAGUUUUUGGCCAUGCACUGUCAGGAGGUCGGAGGAAAAAACUUCGAGGAAUGUAUGCAAUUCGUCAACGAUUUUGUGAAGUUACUGCUAGCUAGCCCAGAACUGCAGCGCUACGACAGACUGCGGGUGUACCUCGAUGAGGACUUUAGACAUUCAGAGAAAUUCACGGCUCUCGGAAACUUCUACUUGAUCCAUGAGGAACUCCAGAAUGUCACAAUGUGGGACUUUGCAGAGAAACAGUUUGUACCGGUCAACGACAAACAGAUUCAUUCUGGGCGUAUAGAAGACAUCAGCACCAAGGAAAAAGACAAGUUUCCACAGAACUACUUUCCAGAUUGCAAAUGGUCGAGAAAAGGCUUCAUCAGGACUCGGUGGUGUAUUAAGAGCAGGAUAUUCGAUCUCAUCAACAUCCAUUUGUUUCACGAUGCGUCUAAUCUCGUUGCCAUGGAAUCAACGCCAUCAUCCUAUAGGAACUCAAGGCACAAAGUAUUAGAACACACGCUAGAGAGGUUUGACACUGAUGAAUACCAAACCGUCCCUCAUUUCAUAUUUGGUGACUUCAACUUCAGGUUGGAUGCUCAGGCAGUCGUGCAGAGACUCACAGUGCAGACUACGCCAGUGUAUGUCAAGACGAGUAAAAAUGAGCUCAAGAGGAUCAUGUACACGGAAAAAGGCCAUGACGACAAAGUUGUGCUGACCAUUGAGAAAAAGCUGUUUGAUCAUGGAGAUAAGCACUCAGAGGCAUUCGUAGUUGACAAUGGCAAAUGGCUAGCAGACUUUGACAACGAGCUGGAAGAAUUCCAGGACAGGCUGACGGAGUAUCCACAUGACUUCCCCCCUAGUUACCCAUAUGUCGAGGAUGUCAAUGAUGGGCUGGGAUAUAUGAAGACACGGUUGCCUGGCUGGUGUGAUCGAGUGCUCUUCUCUCACACGGCACGGGCCCUCAUAGACCAGAAUCACAAGCCAUUGUACAGUGUGAUUGGUGCUCAAGUGUGUAUGGGAGAUCACAAGCCGGUAAUCCUAUCGUUCUCGCUGGCGUGCGGAGCGCCCCCAGACUGCAGUCCUACUGGUGCACCAUGGCACCUACAGACAGCACCUGGGGUAAGACAAGAUGGCUGCCCAGCGGGACCGACAUCAGAGACACGCUUCAUAAAGGUGAAGCAAAAUGGCUGCACUAUAAAGAUUUACCGGGAGACGACGGUUUGACAGCAACGUCAUUCGCAGAGGCUGAAGUUGCGCUUCGUGUCGCGUGACCACCAUGUGAUGUCACAUCCUGAUUGGUGUCACUUCCUGUGAGGCAUCUCACCAUCUGUAAAUACGGCCGAAACCAGAACCAGAUUCAUCGCAAUUUAAAGAAGAGCAAUCGGAGAUAGCGUGGGAGCCUCCGCCCCAGCGUAACAGUCCCCCCAUCUUCCUGGUACACCCAAUAUAGUGUGAUGACAUUUUCAGAAAUUUGGAAAAAUGAAAAUUUUAAUUAUAGUGCCUCGCUGUACACAACAGAGUUACAUUAUACAUAUUAAGAAAUACUACGUUCCUCCUUUUAAUAAAUAUCCACGAUGCUAUCGUGUUAGAGAGAAACAGAAAACGAAUUACGUGUAUGCGCACCCAUGUGCAGGGAUGGUCACCUCAUUCUGUCGGUCACCUACACAGAACAGUGGUGUGUGAAUUGUAUUGAGCAGUUUAACCCUUUAAACGAAAAUGUCUGUGUACAGUAAUGCAGUUACACAUUUCGAUAUUACUUCUAUAAUAUAUGCAAUGUCUUCUGUUUCAUUUGCAUAUAUGAAAUGGUUGAGUUAGGUCAUGUGCAAUGUGAAAGAUAGACAUAGGUAUUCAGUGCUUGUUUGAAAACAAACAAGAAUCAUUGCUUACUAAAUUAUGCUAAUUCAGGGUGGUUAUGUUAAGAGUAAUAUAUUAGUAGAUAAAUUGCAGAUAAAUGGCAUGCACUAACCUUAUGUCCUGUAUUUGCAAUGAACGUCGAGAUUUCUUCGGUUAGUCUUGACAGAUAUAUCUCUGGCUGAUAAAGAUUAUAUUAAAAUGCAAGUUUUCAUUCAGCUAAUUGUCGGCUGUUGCCGAAGUAUCAAUACAAUGGUAGGAAAACAUCAUAUCAUUGAAAAGCAGCUUUGUCGCCGGCAUUUGUUGCAUAUACACGAGGAUAUUACCAGCAGAAUAGACAAAUAGUAAAGAAACUGUUAUAUGUCCUAACCAUAUUUGUAAAUAUUCAAAAUGAGCAUGUUCAUGACAGGUUAGAAAAUCCGUGUAAAUUAAUAACACUCUGUAUAUAACACGUCGCAGCAGCUGCUUAAAUUUUCAUGGUAGUGACAUUUUUUAUCAUAUUUUAUUGAAGGUUUUAUUGUUGCCUGUAUAUGUUAUUGUUAUAGUCACGGCGUAGUUUAUGUUUGUGUACCUGAUCGGAACAUCCUGUGUUUAGUUUUCUCUCUGUACGUACAUUGCUUAAAGUAAGAAUGAAUUAUAAUAUAGGUGGUUGGUAGCGACUACAUAAGAAGGGGUGCCAGAUAAUGACUGUAUAGGAGGAGGUGGUUGGUAAUGACUAUGUAGGAGAGGGUGCCAGGUAAUGACUGUAUAGGAGGAGGUGGUUGGU